CCAACAAAGAGAAGGGGGUCCGGAGACUGUUUUAGCUGAACUGAAAUGCGUUUUUAAUCAAAUACAGUCGUUUUGGAUUUUAAAACCGCGUGUUUUUUUCAUGCGGAGCUAGUAAACUUUCUUAGGGGCGGGUUUACCCCAGUCUAUUCGCGUCAAGCAGGCGUCACCACCCCAUGUUUGGGGAGUUGGUGCGCUCCUUACCUCAAACUCAACUGGAUGGAAAUCCGUGGACACCACAAGUCCCGAGUUAUUUCUGGAGCUUUGUACUGGGCUGAAGGAGGAUAAGAAAGCGGGGGGUUACUUUUCACCAAUUGUCAUGAUAAUUGUUGUACGUAGAGAAAUAAGGAAAAAUCCUGCUGUUAUUGUCGGUUGAUGGAACUCAGUAAAAAGGUUACUCUCUGUGUCUGGGUAAAUCCUGCUUCUUGCGCUUCAACCAUCCAGAAGAGGCCAGCCGUCUGAACAGCAUGUUACCUCUGAAGAGCCCUGUUUCACCCCUGGGCUACAGCACAGACUAUCUGAAGUUUAGUAGUGACUACAGACAUGGGGAGGUAGGAGGGGCCAGCAGCGCCAGAGGGAUGCGCUCAGCCUCAGAGCUCUGUGAUUUGAUGGACACCUUACAACGCAAGAAGAUCGCCCUGGAGACAAGCCUGAGAGCCAACGGGGACGCUAGGCCCUCCUACUUCAGUAUGACACAGUCUCCACCCACCACGCCUGUGACCUCACCCACCUCGAUGUGGUCAGCCUAUCAGGAACAGGCUAGGCGUUUCUACGGCUCUGAUCGUCCUCCUCUCUCUGGCAAAGCUGCCGCCCCUCGCUCCCCCUCUCGGCGCUCAGACCCCCCUUCCUCCCGAACCUCCGUGACCCGGAAACAAUCCUACCAAUCACAGGACAGUCUGCUCAUCUCCCCUGGCAAUGGACGACACCCACUAAACCCAAACUCCUCCCCCCUGUUGUCGAUGCGGAACGGUGGAGGUUCCUCUAACUCAGUGGCCGGUGGUGAUAGCCUCUCCUCUCCUCCACCCUCAUCCCUCUUUCCAACUAGUGGAGCAGCCAGCAUGCCCUCCAGCCCCCGCCUGGGACUCCGAAGCCACGGCAACCAUGAGCCGGUGCCUAGCAACCGAACCAGGAAGUACUCUGCAGGGUCUAUAGGCGGCAUAAUGGAAAGUCACAGCCGCUCACUGCCCCGCCUCUGCCCCUCAUCAUCACCUCGUUCCCAUGACAACAGAGCCCUGGACCUGUUUUCCCUCCCCCUGACCUCUAAUCCUCUACGCAACUCCUCUCACAACAAUAGCCAAAACCACACCACAAACAACAACUACAACCAUAACCAAAUCACUAACUUCACCUACAGCCAGGCCCAAAACAUGAACCGGAACCAAGGAGAGGGGGUGGAAUCAAUCUCUCUCUCCAUCCCUGAGUCUCCCACCCAGGCCCCUCCAGACAGGACCGCACAGUUCCUAUCAGGGGGCUCUUCCAGCCCCCGUGUGGCCAAGAAACUCAGCCUCACCUCCACCAGCUCCACCUCCAGCCUUCAGGAGCCAAAGAGGUCAGCCACCAGAGGAGCCUCCCCAGGACCAGAGCUCUUUCUGGGGGAGAGGGGGAGAGAGCACAGGGGGGGAAGGCUGGAGCCCGGGCUAGGAUUAGAGGAACGAAGGCAGUCAUUCGGAAAGGGAGGGGUGAGGCUGGGGGCGGGGUUGACCCCACCAGGGGGGUUCAGGGUGAGGAGUGGCAGUAUCAGCUCCCUGAGUGGGAAAGAAGAACUGACUGACUACCACCAUCGCCAGAGAGACGAGAGACUACGAGAACAGGAAGUGGAGAGACUGGAACUCCAACGGCUGGAGACCAUCCUGUCUUUGUGUUCAGAGCUGGGGCGAUCGGAGCAGGACAGGGAGAAGGGUGUUGGUUCUAGUCCAGGUACCGGUCUAGCCGACCUUCAAAAGAUCAACCGGGAACUAGAGAAGCUCCAGGUCUCUGACGACAAAGAGCCAGUAUCCGUCUUCUUCGACUUAACCGUUGACAGAAAUGGUACUGGCUCGGAAAACAAUUAUUAUGGUAAUGACAAGGAGCGCCAGGUCGGACAGCGAUGGAGCAGCGAUCCCCGUGACAACAGGGCGGAAUCGCCCGUCGUCACUCUACGAAGCUCUGCCUCCUCGCCCACCCAGUAUCUACCGAGGACCAAUCAGGCGCAGGCGGAGGAGGGACAGCGGAGGAAGGAAGAGACCCGUGCGGAGGAGGGACAGCGGAGGAAGGAAGUGACCCGUGUGGAGGAGGAGAGGAUCCAGGUGCUCAACAACAUGGACAAGCUGGAACAGAAGAUCAAAGAACUGGAUAACCAGAUGGAUGAAUCACUCAGAGAAGUAGAGAUGGACACACUCACUCCCUCUCUCUCCAUCCAGGUGGAGGUGGAGGGUGCCCUGGUGCAGGCUGAGCAGGAGGCGGAGCUAACAGCUCUGCAGCAGGAGAGAGAUGCUGUGGAGACACUCGACACCAAGAUGGCCGUCAUGGAACAACAGGCACCGGAUCAGAAGACUCAGGACUCUGAGGUGCUGGAGGCUGAGACGAAGCGUUUUAAGGACCUGGAGGACCAGCAGAUGGAGAGAGAGAGGCGUCAUGAUGAGGAGAAAGAGAGGCGUCAUGAUGAGGAGAAGGAGACAAGCACACAACACCUUGUCAGAGAGAUCACUGACUAUCAACUCAGCACCGUCACACGCAAGGAGAGGCUGGUGACCCUGAAGAAGCAGGCGGACCUGAUUACCCAGCAGGCUCAGCGAGAGAAGGAUAGCUUUCUGAAGGAGAGGACCAACCUGCAGAUGAUGCUGCAGAGGGAGAAAGAGAACCAUGCCUCUCUGGAGAGGAAGUAUGCUGACCUCACAGGAGGGCGGCACUUCCCUCUCAGUACUAUCAGUCUCAAGGAGCACUUCCGUUCGCUGGAGGAGAGGAGGUCAGUGAAAGAAGGCGGGGCCCACCUGAGUGACAUGUUACCCAGGAAGAAGACCACUGUCACCCCUCAGCUCAGCUGUGUUACACUGGGACACAGCAUGCUUAACAAGCAGCCCCUGGUGCAGAGUUGUAGCUGUGUCAGUGUUCUACCAAGGACCAUGUCUGUCUCCAGCAAUACAGAUACACGCCGUCUGCACAAGGGUCAGGCCACCCGGUCCAACAUGUACCUGGACAGUGACAACGGCCAGGCCUACGACACCAUGAGCAUGGACAGCUUGGACUCCAUGGACACCAGCGUCUCUGUCUGCUCACCUGACAAUGUCUCCUGUGCCAGCACGUCUAAUGUGACCAGACUGGAGGAGAUGGAGCAUCUACUGAGACAGGCCAAGGAAGAGAAGAACCGCCUCAUAGAACACAAGCAGGAGCAAGAGAUGGAGUCGCGCAAACAGGCUCUGGAGGAGGAGAGGAGGAGGGUGCAUCUGGAGAAACGACUGCAGGAGGAGACCAACAGACGACAGAAACUCAUUGAUAGGGAGGUGAAACUACGCGAGAAACAGAGAGCACAGUCCCGUCCUCUGACGCGCUACCUGCCGGUGCGUAAGGAUGAUUUUGACCUGAGGGCCCAUAUAGAGUCAGCGGGCCACAGCGCUGACACGUGUUUCCACCUGUCCCUCACGGAGAAGAUUUGUCGAGGAUUCCUGGUCAAGAUGGGGAGAUUGAUCAAGACCUGGAAGAAACACUGGUUCGUCUUCGACCGCGACCGGCGAACACUCUCCUACUUCUCAGACAAGCACGAGGCCAAGCUGAAAGGUGUCAUCUAUUUUCAAGCCAUAGAAGAAGUUUACUACGACCACUUAAAGAAGGCAUACAAGAGUCCAAACCCAUGUCUGACGUUCAGUGUGAAGACUCAUGACAGGAUCUACUACUUGCUGGCCCCCUCUCCUGAGGCCAUGAGGAUCUGGAUAGACGUUAUCGUCACCGGGGCCGAGGGAUACACUCAGUUCAUGGUGUAGAAGGUGUGAUGUGUUCAGGGUGGAGGGAUACACUCAGUUCAUGGUGUAGAAGGUGUGAUGUGGCCAGGGUGGAGGGAUACACUCAGUUCAUGGUGUAGAAGGUGUGAUGCAGCCAGGGUGGAGGGACACACUCAGUUAAUGGUGUAGAAGGUGUGAUGUGGCCAGGGUAGAGGGACACAUCCAGUUAACGCUGUAAAGAGUGGUGCUUCGGCCAGAGUGGAAGGAUGCGACCAGCGUGCGGUUCUGGGGCCAGGACUAGAUCCUCUCUUUUGGCCAGUGUAUUUAUGCUUCAUUAUGUUGAAAAAGUGAUUGGUCGUUGAUUAACUAGCAAUGUACAUAGCAACCACAGGAGGUUAGUGACAUAUUAUGAGCCGUCCUCACCUCAGCAGUCUUCACUGAUAGCAACAUGAUGUGCUGUAGUAAACAAGCAAAACAGAACAGUCAUUAAACUUCCUGGUUGUAUAGGGAUCAAGUUAGUGAUAUUUACUCAGCUCUUGUGUCCUCCAGUGUAGCCAGAGGUCAAAUCAUCUCUGCAUGGAGUGUCUGGGGUCCGGCUAGCCAGGGGUUGAUGCGUUAUUGGGCAUUAAUGUGCUUUUUAACCAUAAAAAAAAACUUGAAAACA